GAGCGUGAUUGGGCUAUGCAGCUGCAGAAACAUUGAAGCAAAGGAAUCACAUAGACCUGUCUACCCACACAGCUCAGAGAGAGAGGAGGGGGAGCAGCUCUUCCUGAGGGAUCGCUCAUUUACUGCAGAAAGAACAUUAAAAAAGACGUCUUUCCAUCUCAGCCGGUGUAGGAUUUAAUUUUGGAGUCUUUCUUCUACGAUGCAGAAAGAGAGCACAAUGGAGUUCCUCUCCCGCCCUCACAGCAUCCGCAUCUCGGAGGUGACGUGCGACUCUUUUAGGAUCGACUGGGCGGCCGAGCCGGGGGACUCUGGCAGAGUGACGCACUACUUCAUCGACCUCAGCAGGAAGGAGGCGCGGGACCCCAACCGCUUCAAACACAAGGACGUCCCGACGAAGCUGGUGACAAAGGCGGUGCCUCUGCCCAUGACAGUUCGCGGGCACUGGUUCCUGAGCCCGCGCACCGAGUACAGCGUGGCCGUGCAGACAGCGGUCAAGCAGCCUGACGGAGAGUACCUGGUGUCCGAAUGGAGCGAGGUCAUCGAGUUCUGUACCGGAGACUACUCCACUGCUCACCUGCAGCAGCUCCAGCUCAAGGCUGGCUCCAUCGCAGGGAGGCUGCGCCCGUUUACAGUGUUCUACCGGAACCAGACCCAGGAGUACUUCCAGCACAUCAGGCUGCAGUGUGGCGGUGUGAUGCCCCCCGCCCUGAAGGACAGCAGUGGCAGCGUGGGUUCUCCCAUCAACGGGGCGCUGAGCGGGGUCUUCUUCAGCUGCAAUACGGAGUUCGACACAGGACUGCCCCCCAACGACUCCCCCUACGGGGCCAUGCGCUUCCAGAUCCCGGCCGGCCGGCUCUUCAGCCCCAACACGCGCCUCUACUUCGCCGAUUUCUAUUGCAUGUACACUCCCUACCAUUAUGUGGUGCUGGUGCUGGCCCCGGGCGGCUCGGAGGGGGACUGCUUCUGCCAGGACCGCCUCCCUGAGCUCGACCCCGCCCACAACCCCUUCCUGACCCGCACCCAGCAGGAAGGGGCGGAGCCAGUGUACAGCCACACCCACGACGUGAUCCUGGAGGUGGUGCUUGCGGCACCCGUGGCUCUGGCCCACGGCAUGCUGGGAGAGAUCAGCGGGCACAUGCUGAUGAGUCAGACGACCGCCAACGCCAAGAAGGACCCCAGCUGCAAGACCUGCAACAUCAGCGUGGGCCGCUGAGCAUGCUGGGAGUCACGUCAACUAGCUGCCCCAUAUUGAUCAAACACUCACUAUAGUUUAUUUUAUAUUCCUUCCAGAAAUUAUCAGUGGAGGAACCAGCUUGGUCAAAACGCAGACGGCUGCGUUUGAGUGAUUUAAAGACACAGCUCUGAAGCCACUGAAAACCCUCUUACCUCUCGUUCUCUGUACAGUGUCAUCACCGCUCCACCAAUCAAUGUCACGAUGAACUUGUGCUUUAUUAUAGUCACUUUGUCUGUAAUUCAGGCUUCAGCUGCUGAAACUCAAGAAAGGUUUGGACGCUAUCUACAGCCGCGGCCAACAGUUUUGCAUCACCUAGAAUUGCAUGUAU